UGGGGAUUUUAUUGUUUAGCGGCGUAGACGAUGAUGCACAAAUAAAACGCAAAAAGCUCGGGAAACAGCAAAUUAAAAGGUGAACCAUGGCCACGCUAGUCAAGCCCAAGAAGGAUAAGACCAAGAAGACUCGUGGAGGCGCACGGCAGGCCCAAAAAGAGGAAGACGAAACUGCAGAGUUAUCAACAAGUGAAGAACAAAGACCAGUGGAAAAUGUGUCGCUGCUGGAGGAAUUUGAGCGAGUGGCUGCUCUGGCCAGUGGCCAGCCAAUUAUCAGUCACGAUUGCUGCAUCUCCAGCGAUGUGCAGGAAUUGCCACCAGAACCAGAACCUGAACUCGAACCAGAACUACAAGCGGAAAAGGAAAUGGAAACCCAAAACCAAUUAGAAACCGAGCCCAGUGCUCCAACAGCCCCGCCCUCGACUAACGUCCGCAUUGUUCAGUACCCUAACCUGCAGCCCAUGCACCUGUCCAAUGCCCAGGUAGAGGAGCACAGCUCAAAGAUUGUCUACCGUCAGGCGGAGUCCUCACCCACUGGCUUCGCCCUGGCACGGAGCCACAUAAAUCCACUGAGUGCCGAGCAAUUGAAGCAAAUUUACGAUUGUCCCGACCUCGAGUUGGCCAAACAGUUUGAGCUGGAGUUUCUCAUGAACUCCCUGCUAGAAUCCAGCGAAUCGGAUCCACUGUAUGCUGCCCUUUUGGAGUACUACGAACUGCAGGGGAAGCUGACCUCAAAUCUCCAUGACGUAGAGAAGCUGCGCAAAUCGUGCCCAGACACCCAGAAAAAAAUCUGGGUGCGAGAGCCGGUGACACGUACAUUUUCGGGAACCUGCGGCGAUGGCAACGUGGUGCAAGAGAGCGUAACCUACGAUCUCAUCAAGGUGAAUCCCAUCAAGUUGGAACUGGCGCAGACUCAUCUCACGAGCCUCUAUGAUCUGGUCUGCCAUACAUACACCAACAACCUAAUCACAGCCAAGAUAACCAAAGUGAAGGUAGAUCAGAUCAUCAACGACUUGCUAACCUAUUCCCAUACAGACGGCCAGGCGGGGAUUGCAUUAAAUAGGGUGCAGUCCGGCCCAGCUCUGGAGUGCGUUUCUCAGCUAAGGCGAGCCAUUUCGAUACUCUUCAGCUUCGUCCGGCGUCGCAGUCCCAAUGCGAACUUCGAUAAGGACCUUAAGGAAUGGCUGCGCAAGUUGAUUGCCUUGCAACUCUUGCUGGCCACUAGAGAAGACCAUUGGUUCCUGCUCUUCAACAUCCUGCGAUGUCCAAAUGGUGUGGGCUCGUGGGCCGCUCAAUUUCUGCAAGUGCCGGGCAUGCAAGCAAUGGGUCGCAGCACCCAAAACAAUGAGCUGCCACUCGAAUUGAACUCUCCCGAACUGAAUCACUGCAUGGCCGUGCUACAGAUCCUCCUUAUGCCCGUCAAGAAGCGAAAUGAGUAUCUUAAGAGUCAGGCCCAGGCAAACUCUGAUCUGACAGAGUCCACGGGAGCAACGGAACGCUGGAUAGUGGUGGACUCGGAUGGCGAGGACUCUCACACACCGACCGGCGAGUGCAUUGGACUGAAAGAGAGUGAUCUAAUUGCCCUCCUAAACCAACUGCCUUUCGAGAAGAUAUUUAUGUCAGCAAUGAAUAUAGAAAAGUUCCUGGAGGACUACAUACUCGAGCCGGAUAUGAUCUCAGCCCAGAAAAUGCUUUCCGUGGUUGUGUUCUUUUCCCAAUUGGUUAGAACACUGGGUGAGGGGCUGUUGACCUAUAACAACGAAAGAUACAAACAAUUGGCUAAACGUCUUGGACGCUUAGUGCGUCAUACUUUGCAAUAUGUCUUCGAUUAUCACGAAUUGUUCAAAAAUAACAACCUGCCCAAGUCUCUGGACCUGCUUGAACGCAUCCAGGUGGAGCUGCAAGCCCUGCUCAUCCGUGCCUGCGGUUAUAUCUAUCGCACACGAAAUCUGGGCACAUGGCAGUACUUCUCAACUCUGCCCUUCGGCGCCCUAGAUGCUGAGGUGGUCUGGCAUCUGUUCUACUACCUGAACGUGGGCUUUCCCACGGACUUGACCAAUGACCUGGUAAGCAAUGCGGAGGCUGCCUUUCAAGCCAACGACUUUUGGAACAAAUUUGAUUUGGCCAAUGCGGAUGUGGCGCCCGAGGAUAUGUACUACCUUCUGCAGACCUUUUUCGAGAUGGCCAACGAUCGGAAUCGCUCCAAGGAUGGAGGCCUAGUAAAGGCCGUCUGUCUGCAUAUCUUCCACAUUGGUUAUAUCCAUCGAUCUACCAGGGAGAUUUGCUACAAGACUGCACGCGAUAUGCUGGCCAACUUGAUGGAUGAGGAUCUGUUUGGAUGCCUGCUCGUUCAGCUGAAGAUGCGCUUUGGUGAAGUCGACCAGGCGGCCUAUCUCUUCAAGGCUUUGCCGCUAGAGAACUGGCACCCGAGCAUGGACAGCUUUGAAGUGCUGUCCAACUGGCUGCUUCACUUCGAUUACCAGUCCUCGGAGAGUCAGUUGGCGCGCCUGAUCAUCGGUCAUUUGAACUGGGGCUUGGAUAUCGAGGGACGACUCUUUCUGCCCCACAACAUUCAUGUGCGCAUGGCCCAUUUGGUGAACGAGGCUCUUAAUAAGUACGCUCCUGAAAUUAUUGGCGCCUCUGGAAUUUCUGAAAGUGUGCGUCAGGUUUCAUCGCUCAUCGACUCCACUCAGUCGACUAGGGAGCAGUUUACCAACUGGUGCUGGCGCAUGAUUUCCCUGCUGCGACUACAUCUCAUGGACCAGGGAGUGGAAUCGGUGAAACGCACCCUUCAACACCCCACAGAGCCGUUGCUUUUUAUACCCGAAAUGGAGCGUCUGGAAAUGGUUUUCCAAGGUGUCAACGAAAACCGCCCGCUGGCACUUUAUGUGGGCAUGCUGGUCAGCCUGCAUGGUCACUCGAUUCCGUUGAUCUGCCAGCAUGGAUUUAAUCUGCUGCAGCAACUGCUCCUAGAUCACCGGCAUGCGGCCACCAUUCGGUGCCUGGAGCUGAUUGUGCCACUCUUCCUGGAGACCCCAGAAACGUUGGCGAAUUGCGAGAGUUUCCAGAGACUUUUAGUUACUUUGCUAAAUGCGGACAGAACUUACUUGAAGCUGGCUAAGGACAUGGUCUAUGCCAACUCAAUUGGACCCAUUUUGGAGCUUCUAGACAAUAUGCUGCAUAAUCAGAUUGUCUCCUAUACCAGCUAUGGACUGUGCUCACCUCUCAAUCUGCUCAAUAUCUGGCUGAAUUGCUUUACCACGCUGCCGGGCUGGUCACAAAACUCGAAUCUACUGUAUCUCCUCGAUAGAAUGCUGCGUAUAUCCUAUCAAUUUCCCGAUUGCCGUGUGCAGGCUGUGGAGUUCUUCUACAACUUUUACAAAGACUGCACGGACUGGAAGUCAGCCCCCAAAGGAUCUGCAUUGAAGGCCUUCUUCGGCGGUCAGUCACCAUCACGCGUUCCCCUCAUCUCGCCUCAAAAUUGCUGGCUAAAUCUUGUUCUUCUCGAGAUCGAAUUCCGUCUGGUGGAUAGCCGCACCUGGCCGGAACUUUUGCGGCAAGUUUCCGCUCAGCCCCUGGAGGCGGCUCUCAAGAAAACCAUUUCGUUGACUAAGGCUACUGCCUUUCCCGCAAGCCAACUGGUGAUUUUCAAGUAUGCGCAGCUGCUGGCCAGCAUGGACAGCAAUCAUGCUCUGUUUCCCAUCGUGUGUCAGAAGUUUUUCGAGCUGUAUCUGUGGCGAGUGCCUACUGAAAACGAAUCGCUGAACUUUAGUCACAACUUUGGAGUCGCCGACAAAUUUUACGAACACAAUGUGCCUUAUAAAAGUAUUAAGUCGCAACUGAAGUCCGCCGAGGCGUACUACUCGGCAAUGGCCACUAAGAACGCCAACGAUGAUGCCAUGGCCCACUUCUACCGCAGCUGCUGCAAGUUGAUGCAGAGCUGUGGACUUUGGCUGGAGGACACCCAGAUCAAUAGGUUCACCAGCGAUGCCGAGGCACUGCCAGCGCAGUACAACUGCGAGAAGCUGCGUGAGCUUUUGGGUGGUCAUGUCAACCACUGGACGGAGUUCCUGUGCCUUGCCAAUUUGCGCAAGGAACAGCGACAUCAGGCGGAUCAGUGGGCACGAAAGGUGUUGAGAGUCGCAAAUCAAAGGGCACCCAGGACACCGGUGCAACCGAAGCCGCGACAGCCGCCAGCUCAGCACAUUAAGAGCCUGCUCAACACCUACGAGAAAGUUCUACCGAUCCCUAGUCAUGUUCGCUUGGAACCUGUUCAGACGCCGCCCAUCGAUGGCAAUAUUAUGAAUCUACUGAAAAAGCGCCUCAACACUUUCAACUCAACGGCAAACACUUAUCACUACAAGACGUCCGAGCUGAAUUCGCUGAACCUCAACUACCUGGAGAGUGUGCCUGCCUUGUACCAGAUGAUUCCAUACGAAGAGACCAGGCGAAAGGAGUGCAACUCCCUGCUCUUUCAGCGGACUUGUACGGCGCCUGCCAAGAUCACCCUGACGCCGGAGCAUAUACGCAUCAACGAGGUUAUAUCCCGCAAACAGACACAGAAUCGCGAGCGACACGACAAGAUUGUAGAGGAUCUGCUGUUGGCCAUGAACGUGGAUAGUUUUGCACAGGCCAUCGAGGAGUUUGGCGUAUGCAUUGGUGCUCUCUUAGUGGCACCUUUGGAAGCGAAAGUAACACUGAUCGGAGUGCAAGUUUUCUAUCAUCUGGUGGACAAUCUCAACGAGGUGACCAUGAAGUUUCAGCCCACCCAUGACCUGUAUUUCCAAGUGCUGGAGAAGCUUGGGGUUUUCCUGCAAGCAGAUCAGGCCGCGCAGGGAUUGGCCGUGCUCCGAUUGGCUUUGAAGCGUCCUGAUCUUCUGGAGCUUCUGGCUGGUGUCUUUGUUCCCAGCCGCACUGAUGUCGAGCACUUCCUACCCAUGUACGAGUUUCUCAUAGACUCGCACCUCAAGCACUGCGAUACACAGAUCCUGUUCGUGCUCUUCUCCAAGUUCGACUUGUUGGGUUGGUUGGAGGCCUAUCAGCCGAAGCUCAGUGAGAUCAAUCGCUUGCUCUUGCUGGUGCUCCAGGGACUAGAGGCUUGGUCACAGCCGGAUAGUAGCCUUUUGCAGGAUCAAUUUCGCCGGCACUUGGUGCACAUUUUCGCCUAUGACUUCCCCCAACACUUUGGCGAGGUGAUGCAGCUGGUGUUGGAUCGCACUUCGGAUCAAAAGCUAAUGCCAGUGGUUCUGCUGGAUCUGCUCAAUGCCCUUUUAGUCCGUUCCAACUGUUCCGAGUUGGCUUUGAACCAGAACGAGUUGGAGGUGCAUGAACUGGCCUUUGACUUCUCGCGCCGCCAGAAAUUAUUCACCUUGAAGGCGGCCACGGAUACACUGCUGCUAUUGUCCCGACACUUCCAAAAGGAGCGACUGCAUCACGGCUUGCAUGGGUUGUAUCCCAAGCACAAAGCUUACUGCCAGGCAUUGGUGCUGUGGUUCACCUGCUUCGGCCAUGUGCUGCUCGCUUUGGCCAUUUGCAGUUACCAGGAGCUGCUAGCUGAUCAGAUCAGCGACAUAGUUUUUGGAUCCAUUGUGGAGACCUAUAGUCCCUGGUUGAUUCCCUAUACCGAGCAAACAACCAGCGGCGUGGCACACUGGAUAAGGCAGCUCACUCCCGGACAGAGCAAGGUGCUCCUCCCUUGGAGCGAGCAACAUGUGAGCAGCAGCAAGUUGGUGAUCCGUUCCUUCGUCGCCAUUAUACUGCAAGUGCUGCAGUAUCUUCCGUCGUCGAACAAGAUUCUGGAGCAUGUCUUCGCCUGGUAUAUCCAUCACUUUGCGCAGCCCAACAUCGCCGGUCAUGUGUUAGCGCCCAUUCAUGAGGGCUUGGCUCAGCUUCCCUGGCAGCGUUUCCUGCCGCCGGCCCAGCACGUGGAGCUGCUAUAUGAUAGCCUACAACGAUUCCUACCGGAGUCACACGCCAUGCUGGGGCACAUCUUCAUCCGGAUUGAUUGGAGCGCCUGGUUUGCCCAGAUGUCCCAGCCGGUGGCCAUUCUGUCGCGACUAUUUGGCAUCUUUGUGAAGAUUGCCUUUGAGCCGAACAUUCACAUCCAUCCGAAUACGAGCAAAAUCCUCGAGGAAGCCGUUCAGUACCCAUGGCAUUUGGUGGAGUACAGCGAGCUGGAGCAGCUGCUCAAGUGGUUCGUGGCCAGCGUGGAGCCUGCCAUUGUCCUGAAGCUCCCUGCCGAGAGCAACUAUGCGGAUAGAGCUGUCUUGGAACUUCUUCGACAAGCAUGUGCCAUGUUGCCGGAACGUUCUUCCCAGGAUGCCGUUGUUCUGGGCACAGCCAAGCGCAUGCUCUACACCCGUUCUAUGGUUCGCCUGCAGCGUGCCUGUGGAGCCAAGCACAAGAAAUUGCUCGCCACCAAGGAGGGUGAGCGUGCUUUUACCACGGCUUUUCUAGAGCUGUUGGACAGCAUAGACGGAGCCAUCAGCAGCUGCAGUGAGCAUAGGACUCCGGAGGAACAGCGCCGGGAGGCUCUUAAUUUGAUGCUGGAACUGGUUGCGCCCACUCAAACGCAGAGCCAGGAGGUGUCCAACAUCCAUAUUAAGACACUAAUUCGUUGGCAGCAGCAGUGUGCGCCGGGCAACUUGGUGAUGAACUCUGCGCUGCCCGCCAUCGGGCACCUGAACACUUACAUCGCCAGCAUCUACUCGCUGCUGGAGGCGAGUAUGGAGAGCUACUUCCGAACCUCGUCGGAAAGUGCCCCCUGGCACGCACCCAGCUGGAUGGGUUUGAUGGAGGCUUUGAGCAUGUCGCUGCCCAAGCUAGAGUUAAUGCCCAUCAUGCAGGGCGGCUACUUGUUCUCCCUUCACGUCUUUGUGGUAUACAAGGUGGAGGAAAUUGCCACGGAUGGCGAUAAGGUGACCUUCUUCCAGGACCUGACCCAAUUGCUAGAGAAUAUCAAGACGAAUCCGCAGACAGAGCCCCGCUUGGCCCUCGUCUGGGGUGUGAUUGUAGCGCGUGGCUGCAAAAUACUGCAAACGAAUCAGCAGAUGAAGAAGCCCCUCUAUAUGCUGGCCAGGCACCUGCAGAUUGCCUCAACGAAGGCCGAGGGCUGGAGCGAUGGGCUGCUGGGCGCAAUUGGACUCAAGACGGAAGUCAUUACUAACAGGCGAAAGGUGUUGACCCGUUGCUUGGCCUGUGUCAUCUUCUCACUGUUUCCGGCCAACCGGGACCUGCGUUUGCCCUCCGAAGAGCAUGAAAGCGCUCUGCGCGAGCUCUCCAUGCUGCUGGCCAACAAGAAGUUCACUGACGUGAAACCCCUCAUUGUCCGGGCUGUGAGCCUGCUUAAGGAGGCCACCUUUCCCGAUGUCAGGGCCGUACCGCAUAUGGUCUGUCGACUGAUCAGCAUCUUCUACGAGGAAAGCUACCUCACCACCAUUCCAGAGGUCUGGGACUUUGAAUUCAAGCUAAGCGCGGCGUAGCCAACCGAGCGAGUGACCAAAUACAGCCAGAUGUGUUAUUUUUCAAGUGUUGUAUAUAUUCUAUAUAUUAUAUCUGUUCUAUCUAGGUUUAAGGUGAAUAAAGUGAUCAAUUUGCUGCAAUUUCGGAAAUUUAUAA